GAAACAUUUUUUAUUACUAAGGGACCAAAAUCAAGGAUUAACUAAUGGAGAAGGCUCCCUAGGAGUAAAUGCCCUCUUUUUUCUCCAUUGAGGGACAGCAUCAGUAGAUGCAGAAGGAAAGUGUUUUUGUGUAUCUAACCACCAAAUGGCCUGGAAAAGUUUAAACUGCGGCUUGGCCCUGGGACAGAGAAGCUCAGGGCUGGUGGGUGCUUAAUUUGUCCUGUUAAUUCCCUGGAGAUCUGCAUCCUCCUUGCUGGAAUGCCACCGCACACUGUUCCAUGUGUUGAAUGCCUGUUUUGUGCAUUUCCCCUUCUGUCUGAGCUCAGGACAGAAGUUACAGAAUGGCAAAAGAAACUGCGAGGCAGUUCUAGCAUCGAGAAAAUCGGCGCAGAUAAUUCAGCCUUCAGGUGCCGCUAUGAGACGCCCACUUGAGGCCAGGAAAGAGAGCGACUUUGUGUUGUGUGCCCUCGCUUGUGCCUCUGUCAUAAGCUAACAAUGCUGGACACCGGCCUUCUCUCGGGUGUUUGUUGAAUGUCUGUCCACCCAAAACAACCUGUUUUGUUUGAGUCAGUUCUAUCUCAACAUAGGAAACAACUGAGCUGUGUUUGUCAGAGUUUCAUUUUUCAAACGUAAAAUCUAAUUUGCUCGCGGGUUUGCCGGAAACAACAGGAAUACCUACCAGUUUAAAAGACCCCACCCCACCCCGGACCGGACCGGCCGCUGCGCCAACUUUUCUUUUAAUGCCCGUGCUGUGACGAUUACAAUUUGGACUUCUUGGAGAGUGUCCCACUGCAACGAAGGGAGAGAGACUUUUUUCAAGUCUCCUAGAAAGAAUAAUACUUCGAGGGGAAGGCAGCCGGUCCCACUUUUCAGCACUCAGGUUUCACAAAUCAGGUCCCAGCACUGUCCGGAGCUCUCUCUUGGAGACUGUGUUUGUUCCCCGUCCCUAUCCCGCCGCCACCCCUACAGAAAGCCUGCAGGACUACUGGGUGCAUGGUGGCCCGGGGUCGUCUGUGCUCGUCUGGGCUCGGCAUCACCCGCCCUCUGCAAACUGCGCGCUCCGGGGCGCCCGGCACACCCGCCGCCCGGUCCAGGCGGUGGCGGGCGCGGCGGCGCGCGCACGCGCACUUCGCGUCCCCGCGUCCGCUCCUCGACAUUCCGUUCCACGUGUUGCUCGGGAGGCGCCACAGGUUCCUCACCUGCGCGGGCGGCGGGGGUCGGCGGCGGGGCUGGGCGCGCGCGCGGGCUGGACGCCCGAGGCUGGGCGCGCGGUCCCCGGGCGCCCCGAGCGCCCCCGCGCUAACUCCGCCUCUCGCCUCCCGCCGCUCCGCUCGCCCGCCCCGCGUCCUGGCCGCGGCAAACACUCGGGCGCCGAACUCGACGUGUCCGGAAAGCCCGGGCCACUUUCCCUUUCGUUCUGCGGCCGCGGCGCACCGACCUAGGUUCCCGCGGACCCGCGGGGACAGCUGCGCUCGGCGAGAAGCCCCAGGGAUCGCGGGCCAAGCCCAGGCGUCCCAGCCAGCACCAUGCUCGACCCGUCUUCCAGCGAGGAGGAGUCGGACGAGGGGCUGGAGGAGGAGAGCCGCGAGGUGUUGGUGGCGCCGGGCGUCUCCCAGCGAGCGCCGCCGGCCGCGGCUCGGGAAGGGCGGCGGGACGCGCCGGGACGCUCCGGUGGUGGCAGCGGCGGCGGAGCGGCCAGACCCGUGAGCCCGAGCCCCUCGGUACUCAGCGAGGGGCGAAAUGAGCCCGAGCUGCAGCUGGACGAGGAGCAGGAGCGGCGCAUCCGCCUGCAGCUCUACGUCUUCGUGGUGAGGUGCAUCGCGUACCCAUUCAACGCCAAGCAGCCCACCGACAUGGCCCGGAGGCAGCAGAAGCUUAACAAACAACAAUUGCAGUUACUGAAAGAACGGUUCCAGGCCUUUCUCAAUGGAGAAACUCAGAUAGUAGCAGACGAAGCCUUCUGCAAUGCCGUCCGGAGUUACUAUGAGGUGUUUCUAAAGAGUGACCGUGUGGCCAGAAUGGUUCAAAGUGGAGGAUGCUCUGCUAAUGAUUUCAGAGAGGUGUUUAAGAAGAACAUAGAAAAACGUGUCCGUAGCCUGCCAGAGAUAGAUGGCCUGAGCAAAGAGACAGUGCUGAGCUCAUGGAUAGCCAAAUAUGACGCCAUUUACAGGGGAGAAGAAGAUUUGUGCAAACAGCCGAACAGGAUGACCCUCAGUGCCGUGUCUGAGCUUAUUCUGAGUAAGGAGCAGCUCUAUGAAAUGUUCCAGCAGAUUCUGGGCAUUAAGAAGCUGGAACACCAGCUACUUUAUAACGCAUGCCAGCUGGAUAACGCUGAUGAACAAGCAGCCCAGAUCAGAAGGGAACUUGAUGGCCGCCUGCAGUUGGCAGAGAAGAUGGCAAAGGAGAGAAGAUUCCCCAGAUUCAUCUCGAAAGAAAUGGAGAGUAUGUACAUUGAAGAGCUGCGAGCCUCCGUGAACCUGCUAAUGGCCAAUUUAGAAAGUCUUCCAGUUUCAAAAGGUGGCCCGGAAUUUAAAUUACAAAAAUUAAAGCGUUCGCAGAACUCUGCGUUUCUGGACCUGGGAGAUGAGAACGAGAUCCAGCUGUCCAAGUCGGAUGUGGUGUUGUCGUUCACGUUAGAGAUUGUCAUCAUGGAAGUGCAAGGACUGAAAUCUGUGGCUCCCAAUCGAAUCGUUUACUGCACAAUGGAGGUGGAAGGAGGAGAAAAACUCCAGACAGACCAGGCUGAAGCAUCAAGGCCACAAUGGGGGACCCAAGGAGAUUUCAACACUACCCACCCUCGGCCUGUCGUCAAAGUGAAGCUCUUCACAGAAAGCACGGGGGUCCUGGCCCUGGAAGACAAGGAACUGGGCAGGGUGGUGUUAUACCCAACUUCUAAUAGCUCCAAGUCAGCAGAGUUACACCGAAUGACAGUACCCAAGAACAGUCAGGACUCGGACCUAAAGAUCAAAUUGGCAGUGCGCAUGGAUAAACCAGCACACAUGAAGCAUAGUGGGUACCUGUAUGCCCUUGGACAGAAGGUUUGGAAAAGAUGGAAAAAGCGUUACUUUGUUCUCGUUCAGGUUAGCCAGUACACCUUUGCUAUGUGCAGCUAUAGAGAAAAAAAGUCGGAACCACAGGAAUUAAUGCAACUGGAAGGAUACACAGUGGAUUACACAGACCCUCACCCAGGCCUUCAGGGUGGUCAGGUGUUCUUCAACGCUGUUAAAGAGGGAGAUACUGUGAUCUUUGCCAGUGAUGAUGAACAGGACAGAAUAUUAUGGGUACAAGCCAUGUACAGGGCUACAGGCCAGUCUUACAAACCAGUUCCUGCAGUCCAAAGCCAGAAGCUGAAUCCUAAAGGCGGAGCUCUCCAUGCAGAUGCUCAGCUUUAUGCAGACCGUUUUCAGAAACACGGGAUGGAUGAGUUUAUUUCUGCGAGUCCUUGCAAGCUUGACCAUGCCUUCCUCUUCAGAAUUCUCCAGAGACAGACUUUGGAUCACAGACUGAAUGAUUCGUAUUCUUGUUUGGGGUGGUUUAGCCCUGGCCAAGUCUUUGUGUUAGAUGAGUACUGUGCCCGCUACGGAGUGAGAGGCUGUCACAGGCAUCUCUGCUACCUUACAGAACUGAUGGAACAUUCAGAAAACGGUGCUGUCAUUGACCCCACCCUGCUCCAUUACAGCUUUGCAUUCUGUGCCUCUCACGUGCACGGCAACAGGCCUGAUGGGAUUGGAACGGUUUCAGUGGAAGAGAAAGAAAGAUUUGAGGAGAUAAAAGACCGACUUUCUUCGCUUUUAGAAAACCAGAUCAGCCACUUCAGAUACUGCUUUCCCUUCGGACGACCUGAGGGUGCCCUAAAAGCUACGCUCUCCUUACUUGAAAGGGUUUUAAUGAAAGACAUUGCCACUCCUAUCCCUGCGGAGGAGGUGAAGAAAGUGGUCAGAAAAUGUCUGGAGAAAGCUGCCUUGAUCAAUUACACUAGGCUCACAGAAUAUGCCAAAAUAGAAGGGCCCGCAGAAAAGGAAACAGAGACCAUGAACCAGGCAACUCCUGCCAGGAAGCUGGAAGAGGUUCUUCAUCUUGCAGAGCUCUGCAUAGAAGUCCUACAGCAAAAUGAGGAGCAUCAUGCUGAGGGAAGAGAGGCAUUUGCCUGGUGGCCUGACUUGUUGGCCGAGCAUGCAGAGAAGUUUUGGGCUUUAUUCACAGUAGACAUGGAUACUGCGCUGGAGGCCCAACCUCAAGACUCCUGGGAUAGCUUUCCCCUUUUCCAGCUGCUUAAUAAUUUCCUCAGAAAUGACACACUUUUGUGUAAUGGAAAAUUCCACAAGCACUUGCAAGAAAUCUUUGUGCCCUUGGUUGUCCGCUACGUUGACCUGAUGGAGUCUGCCAUCGCCCAGUCCAUUCACAGAGGUUUUGAGCAGGAGACAUGGCAGCCUGUCAAGAAUAUCGCCAACAGUCUUCCCAAUGUAGCUCUUCCAAAAGUUCCAAGUCUGCCUCUUAAUCUUCCACAGAUUCCUAGCUUUUCUACUCCUCCGUGGAUGGCUUCUUUAUAUGAGUCCACCAAUGGCUCAACAACUUCCGAGGAUCUGUUCUGGAAGCUCGAUGCGCUGCAAAUGUUCGUCUUUGAUCUCCAUUGGCCAGAACAAGAGUUUGCCCACCACUUAGAGCAAAGACUUAAACUAAUGGCCAGUGAUAUGAUAGAGGCGUGUGUCAAAAGAACAAGAACUGCGUUCGAACUCAAGCUACAAAAGGCAAACAAAACAACUGACUUGCGCAUCCCAGCUUCCGUGUGCACAAUGUUUAAUGUAUUAGUUGAUGCUAAAAAGCAAAGCACCAAGCUGUGUGCCCUGGAUGGAGGACAAGAGUUUAGGAAUCAGUGGCAACAGUACCAUUCAAAAAUAGAUGAUUUGAUUGACAACACCGUGAAAGAAAUCAUUGCACUGCUGGUUUCAAAGUUUGUUUCAGUGUUGGAAGGGGUGCUUUCGAAGUUGUCGAGGUAUGACGAAGGCACUUUCUUCUCAUCCAUCCUGUCCUUCACUGUGAAAGCAGCUGCAAAAUAUGUGGAUGUCCCUAAACCAGGAAUGGAUCUGGCAGACACCUACAUUAUGUUUGUCCGGCAAAACCAGGAUAUUCUUCGAGAAAAAGUCAAUGAAGAGAUGUACAUAGAAAAGUUGUUUGAUCAAUGGUACAGCAAUUCCAUGAAAGUCAUUUGUGUGUGGCUGGCUGACAGACUAGACCUCCAGCUUCAUAUUUACCAACUGAAGACGCUCAUCAAGAUUGUGAAGAACUACACCAACAAGAUGAUUGGCAUGGGCUGCCACAGUUGGAAUCCAUGAGUGGAUCUCCCCUGUAUUUCUAAAAUGCCCUUCAAGAACACAGACAUACCUCUGCACGUAUAGACCUAUGGGUAUGUGCACACAUCUAACUAAUCAAAGCAAAUACUCUUUUCUUCUUCUAGAAAACCUAUAGGGAUUUCCGAUUGCAGGGUGUGUUGGAGGGGACGCUGAACAGUAAGACAUAUGAUACUCUGCACAGACGUCUAACUGUAGAGGAGGCCACAGCCUCUGUCUCAGAAGGCGGAGGACUUCAGGGCAUUACCAUGAAGGACAGUGAUGAGGAGGAAGAAGGCUGAUGAUGCACAGCUCCUCGAAAGGAAGGAAGACCUUGGCAUUGCUCUGACCUUGGCAUUGCUCUGUGCACCUUGUCCUUGUAACUGUUUUUACUGUCUUGGCCAAAUAAAAAUGCUCUAAUUUCUUUAGAAUGUGAACUUGGAGAUAAAGAGAGAAAUGCCAUGUAUUUUUGGAAAGAAAACCAUAUUCACAUGUAUAGCUUGACCUAAAAAUUGGCUGUGCUCGUGACUGGAAUAUGAACUGCUUUUGUGGUUUUGUUUUGUUUUGUUUGUUUGUUGUUAAUAUAUUUGACUUUUCUUUUUAAUAGUAAUCUCAAAAUAAUGUCCUAUGUGUCAUAUGAGGUAUGCAUCUCCCAUGACACAGCAUUGUGAAGAGAAGCCAUUUCUGGUCACAGCACCAAUCCUAUUGUUACUUCUGUCAAAGUGGUGUGCCUCCCACUUAUAAUUUAUGUAUGAAGUUUGUUCUGUAAUUUGCCAGUGUUGUGAUGUGUAGAAAACUUUAGCCUUGGUUUUCAUAACUCUGAAUUUGUCUGCAGGUGUAAUUCUGGACUUCAAAGAGUUUCAUACCCAAAUGUAGACUAGAUUAUCCACAGGCUUACAUCCUGUUUCUUUCUGAACAUUUUCUUUCAUGUGUACCAUGUCGCCAGGUGUGCUUCCAACACAAGUGUAACAGCUUGCCGGCAAUAAUAAAAAUCCAUUCAGUCAGAGCAACCUCUAUGUUCAUUACACUUAAGUAGAUUAAAUGCAGUAAAAAAUAUUUGCAGUAUCUCAAA